AUGCCGAUGAUUGAGUUGCUGGUGCUCGUCCAGCUACUAAUAGCAUGCGGGGUUGGGAGGGGUGAGGGGGUUGGUAGUAGUGACGAUGGUUUUCCCACUGCGAGCUGGGGUGCCGGUGAUGCGUACUGGAACCCCGACACAACUCACGAUGCUGUACUCGAGCAAGUUACGAAGGAGCAUUACGGGUAGAUCUCCUCCCCCGCCCGCCCUCGCUCCCACAUACGGUACCGCACUGUUAACCACCGCAUUGCAUCAAAUCCUCGAACCCCGCUCGAUCAACCUUUCGCUCCCCUCGACCAGUCAAAAUCAUUUGUUCAACCUCAUGGACGGCUUGGCAGUAUAAGAAGAGUGCAUAUCUGAUAUCACUGAAAAGGAACAGUGUUGUGGAUGAAUCCAUCCUGGCUCACUAGUGUGGUUUCGUGCGAGCGCCCUUACCCCUGCACGUGAUGCCGCAAUCACCGAUGCCGUGUCAAUGAUCGAUUCACCCUCCUCCCGCAUCCUUUUGUAUUGGCGCGCAACCACGAUGGUAUUAUGCGGAUACCGACCGCCUAGCUCGCCGUGGGGUUAAGGCUUAGGGAGUAUUUGUUGCUGGAAAGUGGUAUUGUGCCGGGGUGAUAGGGGGUGUAGGGAGAGCACAUACACUACGGUAACUAGCAGGGCAUCGCUCGAGAUCUCGAGUGUGGCAGCUUGUUCCUGUGGGGUGCUGGCUCACUGUUGUCUUUUGCUCGCGAUGAUAUUUUGGCUCGCUCCGGUACUUCACGUUUAAACUUUCCUCUUUCCUCCUCCCUUGUGUUCUGUCCGUCAUUUCAGGACUACCAUAUUUUUAGCGGGGGUGGGGAACCGGUUCUAGCGAGCAACAAAGCGAGUGUGAUGGGUUGUGCACAUAGGGCAUUGCCAAUAGGGCAGUGCCAAUAUCCGAUAAAUCCAUACAUCCCUUCCGUUUC